AUGGAUCCCAUUCCUAUGCUCACAAUCUCCCUCUCUCGCCACCUUCACGGCUGCGACAUAAACGACAGUCUCAGACAACAAUGGUCGGAAUCCAAGAUCCCAGCCUCGACAGCUUCACAGUUCGCCAACAUCGGGUUCAACCUUAACGCAGAUGGCUCAAACUUGGAGGAUCUCAAGACACAUCUGAACGAGCGCAAAUGGAAAGGCAUUAUCGUCGGGUGGUGCAUACGCGGCAAUGUCGAGUUCACUGAGCUGUUUGAAGCCGUUGUUGCUAUUUGCGUGGACUAUAUUGUGCGGAGGAAGCAGGACAAUGUGUCGUUGAAGGAGCCUAAGCUUAUCUUCUGUCGGGGACCGCACGAUGUUGUUAAUGCUACGCUUCGAAAUUUCCCGUUAGAAGGCUCGGAAUAA